ACGUGUAAUAGAGCAAUAAGUUCACGUACCACAAGGUCCUAUCAUGUUAUCAUUUUCCAACACCACACCACCACCACCGUUUCACCCAUCAUAUAAUCAAAAAUCUUUAAGACAGAACACACUUUAACUUUAACUAAAAACAUGGAGAAACUCUCUUACAACUCCUAUCCAAACUCAACCGACUCAUCUCCUCGAUCUCGCGAGAUCGAUUUCGACAACCCUUCGCCAUGGGACGAUCAGAACCACCACAACCAACAGAGCUACAAAGUGAGGUUCAUGUGCAGCUACGGCGGCAAGAUUCAGCCGCGUCCUCACGAUAACCAGCUUACUUACGUCAACGGUGAGACCAAGAUUCUCUCCGUAGAUCGCGGGAUCAGAUUCCCCGUCUUGGCCUCCAAGCUCUCCGCCGUGUGCGGCGGCGAUGGAGACGUUUUGUUUAAGUAUCAGCUUCCGGGAGAGGAUCUAGACGCGUUGAUCUCCGUUACCAACGAUGAUGAUCUCGAGCACAUGAUGCAUGAGUACGAUCGCUUGCUUCGUGUGUCGUCUAAGCCUGCGAGGAUGCGUCUGUUUCUCUUCCCGGUUGUUUCUUCCGGUGGGUUUGGAUCGGAGGGCUCUACUCAUUCGGAUCGUGAUCGGUUCGUUGAGGCGUUGAAUACAGGUAUUAACCGGUCUGAACCGGAUAAAACCGUAACCGCUCCGUUGAAUAGUGCUGAUUUUCUGUUUGGGACGGAGAAAGUUGCGGUUUCUCCGCCGGCGGCGGCGGCGGUACCGGUGGUGAUGGAGCAUCAUCCGCCGGUGAUCCAACCGGAUCACGCGGCGGAGAUGCACAAUCAAAUGCUUGAGUUUCAGAGGAUGCAAGUUAGGGAUCAAGAACAGUUACUUCAACAGCAAGAAGCUGUUUAUAGAAGGAAGAGUGAAGACGGUUUAAUCUUCUCUCCGCCCUACGCACCGCCGCCGCAGAUGACGGUUCAACAAAACAAUACACAAGCUCCUCCAAUGACCUUCUGGCAAGGAAACCACAAUAACACAGGAGGUACGUAUCCAACAACCGCUCCGGGAAUGGGAUUACCGGAGCAGCCGGUAUACAUGAUUCCAGCUCCAGCUCCAACUCCAACACCACAUCAGGGAGGACCUGUAUACCACGCGCCAGGGGUCGUGAGACCAGUACAAGGAAACCAAGGUGGCUACUACCCUCAGGUACAGAGGAUACCUUCGGAUACUUACAGGGAACAGCACCAAGCUGCCUACAACGUAGCUCAGCAGCCACCAGUAGGAGCGAGGGCACCACCACAACAACAACAACAACCUCUACCUUUUACCUCCGUUCCGCCUCAACCGCAGUACUCUGCCGUUCAGCCGCCGCGUCAAGUGGUGGGAUUGCCAGAUACAACGGCGUAUACUCAGGUGAAUUACGCUGGAGGAAUGGGGAAACAAGUUUACUACACGGAGGGACCACCUCCACAGUACCAUGGAGGCGUUGGCUUACCUUUGAAUGGUAUGAGCGAAUUUAGAACCGGACCAGACGGUAAGCCUGUUGUUAUGAACAUGUCACCUAAAGUUUCAUCACAGAGUUCAGAUUCAGCAGUGUGAUGAGGUAACCAGAUUAUUGUUAAAACCAUUUCAAGUUUCAUCAUCAUCAUCAUCAUCAUCAUAUAAUAGUGUAAUUGAGAUUACUUUGGUAUUUGAAUGUCUCAUAAAUAAUAUUUACUUUCGUUUUAAUCUACUUUAUAAAGUUCUUGAUUCUGAAAUUUCUAUAACUUGUUGUCUUAUUUUCAUGAACCUUGUCUCUUCUGCAUGCACUUUUUCUUUUCUUUUCCUUUUGCCUAUGUCAACAAGAUUAUUACGUAAUUUGAUUAAAUUGCUCGA